GGCUGUAUUCAAAUAUGCAGAUCAGCUGUACAAAACAAGAUGUGUUGGCAAAUCAUUCUGACUGUGUUUAUGCUGUUGGACUUUCUUCAAAUGGCAGUUGCCCAUUGCAUGGUCCAUCAAAUUCUUCCCAGGAACUUUACAUUACCCUGUAUGUUUCUGAAUGAGACAUUCUUGAGUCCUUUCUCUGCUGGAGUUGUAGAGAGCUGGUCUGGUUUGAGAAGAGAGCAUGGAGCAUCCGAAACCAAGCCUCCCUUGCUAAUGAAUGAAGAAAGUUUUCUGUGUUGCCUUUGGAGUGAUAGCAUCAUUGAUUGCUCUUUGUACAGAGCAAGCAUGCAAGCAAGAAGGUUUAUUCCUUCAGAAAUAAAUAUCUCUGCUUCUCAGGAAAUAGAUUCAAAUUGGAACAUUGAAUGUUGGAUUAGAAGCAAGCUGGACCUGUUAGUUUGUAGCCUGCAGUUUUUGAAGUUGCACUUGAGAGCUGACUUGAAGGUUAAUCUUUUAUAUGCUGUAUCAGAGCUGUCUCUGGGAGAUGUAUCGACGAGGUCUCUGAAGGGGCCUGUCACGGUCGCUCGGUGUGAGUGUCGCGAGCCUGACAAGUGCGAGUGCUGCGUGCCCUCCCUGGGACUCAACCACACUUACAUCAUGUGGCUGAAGGUGAUGGUUGGUGUCACACCUCUGUGGUCACCUUUGAUGUCAGUCAAGCCCAUAGACAUAGUAAAGCCUGAACCGCCCGUGAACUUGCAUCUAGAAAUGACAGAGGAAGGUCAAGUGAAGAUCUGCUGGUCCGACCCUGUGCUGAUGCCAUACCCACUUCAGUAUGAAGUGAAGAUCUCUGCAAAUUCAGGUCAAAACAGUUGGCAGAUGGUUCAAGUCGCUCUGGAAACCUCACUGGCCAUAGACAACACACUACUUGAUUCUUCAUACUUAGUUCAAGUGCGGUGCAGGAACCGUCACGGUGCAGGGUUCUGGAGUGACUGGAGCACCCCGGGUAAUCUCAAUUUGGGAGCUGAAGUCCUGUACUUCCCUCCUAAGAUACUGAGCAGUGUUGGUUCUAAUGUUUCCUUUUAUUGCAUCUAUAAAAACAAAACCAAGAUUGUAGUGUCCAAGAAGAUUGUUUGGUGGCUGAAUUUAGCAGAGGAAAUCCCAGAAAAUGUGAAUAUCAAUAUCACAUGUGAAACGGAUGGGUACUUAACUAAAAUGACUUGCAGAUGGUCUGCAAACCCAAACACACUGCUCCUGGGGAGUUCCUUGCAGUUAAGGUACCACAGGAGCAGAAUUUAUUGUUCUGACUUUCCAAGUACUUCUCCAAAAUCAGAGGUGAAAGAAUGCCAUUUACAGAAGAAUCAUUCUUAUGAGUGCACAUUUCAGCCUAUUUUUCUUUUAUCUGGAUAUACCAUGUGGAUAGAGUUUAAGCACUUCCUUGGAACACUCGAAUCCUCACCAACUUGUGUCGUUCCAGCAGAUGUGGUGAAGCCGCUUCCCCCCUCCAACGUUAAAGCCGAAAUCACCAGGAAUGUUGGGCUGCUGAAUGUGAGCUGGACAAACCCAGUAUUUACAAACAAUGAUCUUACAUUUCAGAUUCGGUAUGCUGUGAACAGGAAAGCAAUGACAUGGGAGCUUUAUGAAGUUUCCAGUGCACCAACAAGAUCAGCUGUGAUAAAAGUUCAGAAGCUUUGUGUUGAGUAUGUUGUGCAGGUGCGGUGCAGAGAACUCGAUGGGUCGGGUUACUGGAGCAACUGGAGCAGCUCAGCCCACACGCUUGUUAAAGAUAUCAAAGCUCCCUUACAAGGCCCUGAAUUUUGGAGAAUUAUUGUUGAAGACCCAGCAAGGAGGCAGAAGAACGUUACGCUCCUGUGGAAGCCCCUGAUGAAGAAUCGCUCCUUGUGCAGUGUGAGCCGAUACGUUAUAAAGCAUCGGACACCAGGAAACACCACGUGGUCAGAAUAUGUUGAUAAUGGCACUACCUCUUUGUUUCCGUGGACUGAACACACACAUACCGUUACCGUGUUAGCCAUGAAUUCAAUCGGAGUUUCUUCAGUUAAUUUUGAUUUAACUCUAUCACAGCAAAUGAGCACAGUGAACGCGGUGCAGUCGCUUAGCGCUUACCCAGUGAACAGCACUUGUGUGAUUUUGAUUUGGACGCUUUCACCUCAGAUGUAUGUGAUAACAUCUUUUAUUAUUGAAUGGAAGAACCUUAACAAAGAAGAGGAGAUGAAAUGGGUGCGAGUUCCUCCAAAUAUUAGUAAAUAUUAUAUUUACGAUCACUUUAUUCUGAUUGAGAAGUACCAGUUCAGCCUGUACCCUGUGUUUGCUGGAGGAGUCGGCAAAGCCAGAGCGACGGAUCACUUUACCAAAGGUGGAUAUGAAAAUGAGAAUAACGCCAGCCUGUAUGUGGUUCUGCCGAUAAUAAUUUCCACCUCAGUUUUGUUGCUUGGAGCAUUGCUGGUUUCGCACCAAAGAAUGAAGAAGCUGUUUUGGGAAGAUGUUCCGAACCCCAAGAAUUGCUCCUGGGCUCAAGAAGUUAAUUUUCAGAAGCCUGAAACUUUUGAGCAUCUUUUAAUCAAGCACCCCGAAGCAAUGUCAUUUGAGCCUCUUCUUCUGGAACCAGAAAUAGUGCUGGAAGACAUCAGUGUUACUAAAGCGUUGAAAAAAGAAGACACGCAAGAUUUUUUAGUAAUUGAUUCAAUGUUUACAAAAAUGCAGGACUCUGAACGCGACUCUGCUUGCUCUAGCAGCCGUUUCAAUAGUAGCAGCUUCUCUGAGAGCUCCCGUGAUGACCAACCCGGUGGAGAAAGCACCCGGCAGGCCGAUAUUAAAUACGCUACUAUUGUCAGUAACUCCAGAUCAGGUGGGCUCUAUGAACAGCAAGUGAAUUUGGGAAGUUGUUUUGAGAGGUGCUGCUUAGCCGAAGAGUCCUUAGUCCCAGGUGCCUUCGCCAGUAGCUCCUGGGAGGCGGGAAACGGGGCACUCCUCAUCCUACCCGACCCGCCCGGCAGGCCGCCCAGCAAGACUCUUUCCCUUAUUUCUUCAGAAGGAUUUUCAGAGCCUUCAGAUCAGGAUGACGCUUUCACAGACAGAGGUAGUCCUGAGCGGAGCCUGUGUUACCUAGGGAUAGCAUCGCUGGAGAAAAGAGAAAAUGACCUUUUUUUAACCGAAAGCUCCGGGGUGAUGUGUCAGUUCCGUACAGCCGAUCUACUCAAAGAUGUGGGGUUUCUUCAGCACGUGCCGCCGAAUUUAAACGUGCUUGUCCAAAGCAGCCUUCAGUACAAAGCCAUCGUGCCGUAUGUGCCGCAGUUUCAGAUGGCUGCUGCCAAGGUGCAAGAGACCACAGAGAAAAACUCUUAAGUCAUCACACCGUCAUUUGAUACGCUUAAUGGGUUUUUAGGUGUUGAUACUUUCCCUUGUUUUUCCCCUCUCCUGACUUCUUUCAGGAGCCGCUCCUGUUUUGAAGCUGGGUAACUGGUUCUCUAUUGGAGUACCGGGAUUUUAGGAGGAAGAAAUUCCCUUUCUUGACCCGAUGUUCAAACGCGGGGCCUUCCUUUAGAGAUUUGCCGGUGUUCAGAUUAGCCUCUGGUGCCAAAUGACCUGUUGUUGACGCCUGUCAGGUAUGUCAGAGCUCCCCCGUGGAGACCUGCACUUGAAAUUGGACUCGGCGCCAUUCGGGUGGGAUGCGACCCCGGCAGCUCCUCGAGCCUGGGGAGCCGGCUGCCGCGGCGUUGGUCCGCGGGCAGGGCACAGCAGCACCUUCCAGGUGUCCUCGGCGAUGACAAGAGACUCUCCCUCCAGCUGAGGAGAGGUGGAGGAGACGGGGUCGAGGGCUGGGAAGGAUUCCAGCGCUGCACACCAAAGGAGCACGUUUCCUUUCCUACACAUCUACUGAAUGGCCCUUUGCAGUCCCGGGGGGGGCGUCGCAUCCUGUUCUGUAGCUGCGGGCUUCUUUCAAUUUAGUGUUGGCCAGCAGGACUGUGUUUUCCACAGGGGUGAGCACAGGGAGGCUGCUGGUGGCACAGACCCCCACGCACAUUUCUUCUCUCUGUUCAGGAGCAAAGUAUCUCUUCAGCCGCGUCAGCAAACUGUCUUGAAAGAGCUUGUUCUUGUUUUAGGGUUUGCUUAGGGACCCCAAGGGCAAGAUAGAAAGGAGCGACCUAAUAUGUAGAUUGAAAUAUGUACGUGUGGUGUUUUUUGUGGGGGAAAAAGUUCGAAUGUGUCAUUUCCCUGGGGAUGAUUUGGGACACCGAGUGCUGCAGAGUUGACCUGGAUGUGCUGCAGCCACCGGCGGCUCAAAGCGAGCCAGGCUGUGGGACGUGGGUAUCCACUGGAACUGGUGGUCACUGUACAAAUAGCAAAUAUUAAAUAUAUUUGUUAGGCUUUUUUUUUUUUCCCCCUCCAAAAUCCUGAUGUAUUUACUGCUUAGCUGACACCUGUGUUAAAUUGAGCCUGUGAGUGCACAGAUGGUCCAUGUGAAAAAGCCGCCGGAACGCUGUAUUUCUGUUGUUGAAAGGGAGGCCCUGACCAAUGAUGGCAAAUCUGUGGCUGCUGUUACAGGGUCUCUUUUAAAGCAAAUUGAAAAUAUUCCUCGGUAGCAUCAAAGAGCUGUAAAAGAAGCUGUGAGGUCAGAGACGUGUGCUGAACGGUGCCUCAGGGUAUAAACCACUCCCUAGAGACGUAAAGGUUCCAGUAGCUAAAGACUUAAUGGCACUGCAGGAAGAGGAAGGGAAUCAAAAUUCUUGCGGCUACAUUAAUUGUGGGGUGUUAAUCACACAAAAUGAUGUACUUGGAAGUAAAACGGCCACGUUUUUGUUGUUGAACAUGAGAUUCUAGUACAAAAGGUACUGCCGCAAAGCCAACAUCUCUUCCAAAGGCCUUUCCGAAGAGCCCACAGUAGGAAAGGCAGUAACUGGAUGCAGGGAUCCCGUAGUUUUGAUCUUCAGUGUGUGCUAGCCUGUCUGUAUGGACUUGGAGAAGUUGAUUUGCCUUCAGGAGCCCGGCUCUGCUCAGCUGAAAAGCUUCACAUGGGAGGAAAACUAGAUCUUGUAUCUCAGCUGUAUUUUCUGGGAUAAGCAGGUAAAGAAACCCACACGUACUUGCAAGCCAAAUAUAUUUUUUCUACUUCAUAGUUAGGAAAUAUUUUUGUACACGUGCCUUUUCAAAGGACUAUUUUGGGGAGCUAAGAAAGAUGAAUAUAUUGUGCAUUCCAAAGCUAAAUUCCUGUAAAACUUAUACAGACAAUUAAAAGGGCAAACCCCAUCAACAAUAGUAAAUGGUAGGGGUGGAAACACUUGAAUAUUAAUGAUAAGAAAUCCCAUGGAGCCAAAGGGACCGAAGCAAGUGUAGAUCUGCACUUUGAGCUUAAGCCAAGCUUUACAAAAAACCCCACUGCUUUUUCUCAAACAAGCUGCCAGCCGGGCUCUUGCUCUGGGGGUCUCUGUUUCUGCAUAUUGAAUAUGACACAAAUCUCAUGUACUUGUUUCAAAAA